AUGUUUGCUGCCCUCGACCGCCGCCAGCUCAUGGCGCGCGCAGCCUCCCCCGCCGUCCGAAGCCGAAUAUUCGCCCAGACAGUAUGCUCAACAUCAUCCUCCUCCUCUUCGCCAUCAUCAUAUUUUGAAAAGCUACCCUCGACGUCGAUACGCGUCCUGCGCACCGUCGACGCCGUCCGACGCUGGCGCAAGCCGCACACGCUGAGCCAGCACAGCGUCGGGCUCGUGCCCACCAUGGGCGCGCUGCACGAGGGCCACCUGGCGCUGAUUCGCGCCGCCGCGCGCGAGAACCACCACGUCGUCGUCAGCGUCUACGUCAACCCGGCGCAGUUUGGCGUCCGCGAGGACCUGGCCUCGUACCCGGUGACGUGGGACGCCGACACCGCCGCCCUCGCCCGCCUCGACCGCGCGCUCGCCGACGACGGCGCCAACUUGGGCCGCAUCUCGGCCGUCUUUGCCCCGGCCACGACCGACAUGUACCCGUCGGGUUUCCCGGGGCAGGCCGUCGACAGCAAGGGCAGCUUCGUCAGCGUCACACCCGUCGGCGAGGUGCUCGAGGGCGCGAGCCGGCCCACGUUUUUCCGCGGCGUCGCCACCGUCUGCAUGAAGCUCUUCAACAUUGUGCAGCCCGAGCGCGUCUAUUUUGGCCAAAAGGACGUGCAGCAGACAGUCGUGAUUCGCCGCAUGGUCCGCGAUUUCAUCCUGCCCACAGAGGUCGUCGUCUGCCCCACGGAGCGUGAGAGCGACGGCCUGGCCCUGAGCUCGCGCAACGUCUACCUCGGCACCCGCCGCCGCAGGGUCGGCAUUGUGCUGAACCGCGCGCUCGUGGCCGCCGCCAAUUCAUACGCUGCCGGUAUUGUGGACCGCACGGCGGUUCUGGGCGCCGCGCGCGAGGUCGUCGCGGCCGUGGUCCAGGCGCAGGCGAGGCUGCCGCCGACGCAGCGCGUCCUGUUUGAGGUGGACUAUAUUUCUUUGUCGGAUCCUGACACGCUGGAGGAGAUUGACGUGAUUGACCCUGCGCGUGGAGCGGUGCUGAGCGGCGCCAUCAAAAUGCUUCCGCUGGAGGAGGCUGUCCCUGGGGAGGAUGUUGGGCAUGCUGGAGGGCCGGCCGUAAGAUUAAUAGACAACAUCAUCUUGGAGCCUACAAAAGCAUAG